UAUUUGAUAUCCGCUACACUACAAUAAUUUUUGUCUGAAUAUUUAAUGGUGCCCUUAAUUUAUAUUUAUUUCGCAGAAAAGAACAGAAAAAAUCGAAAUAACCGCUGAGGAGCUGAGUGAGGCAGAGACAUGGGCUUGCUUGCGUAUGGCAGUCAGGGGGAAGAUAACGAAGGAUUAGACAUUAUGGCGACGAUGCUGACUUCGCUUUGAUUCAAACGAGAAAUUAGGAUCUCUCUCUCUUUCUCUCUCUAUAAAUACAUAUAAAUACUUAUAUAUAUGGCAUCCGCUUCUCUGAUUCACGCACGCUUUGGUUACUCUACGAGAUUCAGUGAUAAUCGACGAUAUGGUUCGCAGGGACCUGUAGGCUCUUCGUCUUCGUCUUGUUGCUCUUCGUCUCUGGGCUUUUCUUCUGGGUUAUAUAGUUGUUGGAGAAACCAGGGCCUUAGAGCUCAAGCUAUGACUAGUCAGGGAAAUUUUGCAUCAGCCUCCGGGGGUGUUGCAAGUGCAGGGAAUAAGCCUGAUCAUCUUCUCGUCCUUGUUCAUGGCAUCUUGGCAAGCCCAAGUGACUGGACAUAUGGGGAAGCUGAGUUACGAAGGCGUCUUGGAAGAAAUUUCCUAAUUUAUGCUAGUUCAUCUAACACGUACACUAAAACUUUUACCGGGAUUGAUGGAGCUGGAAAACGAUUAGCAGAUGAGGUCAUGCAAGUUGUGCAAAAGACAGAGAGCUUGAAGAAGAUCUCAUUUUUAGCCCAUUCUCUCGGGGGCUUGUUUGCAAGAUAUGCAAUUUCUGUCCUUUACACACCCGACGAUGGUGCCAAUACAACAAUUGCAAAUUCACAAACAGCAUACUCUUGGAGACGAGGAAAGAUUGCUGGUUUGGAGCCAAUCAAUUUUGUAACAUUGGCAACUCCACAUCUUGGGGUGAGAGGGAAAAAACAGCUGCCGUUUCUAUUCGGAGUACCUUUCUUGGAAAAGCUUGCUGCUCCGAUUGCUCCUAUUAUUGUUGGUAGAACUGGUAGUCAGUUGUUCCUCACUGAUGGUAAGCCUGAGAAACCUCCGCUUCUUUUGAGAAUGGCAUCUGAUUGUGACGACGGAAAAUUUGUAUCUGCUUUGGGGUCUUUUAAAUGUCGCAUUCUUUACGCUAAUGUAUCUUAUGAUCAUAUGGUUGGUUGGCGCACAUCAUCAAUUAGGAGGGAAACAGAAGUUUUUAAGCCCCCCCGCCGGUCUUUGGAUGGCUACAAGCAUGUUGUAGAUGUGGAGUACUAUCCCCCGGUCUCCUCUGAUGGUCCCCAUUUUCCUCCUGAAGCAGCUAAAGCAAAGGAGGCUGCCCAGAGUGAACCCAACACACAGAACACAUUGGAAUAUCAUGAAAUUGUUGAAGAGGAAAUGAUACGCGGCUUACAGCAGUUAGGAUGGAAAAAAGUUGAUGUCAGCUUUCAUUCAGCAUUUUGGCCCUUCUUUGCCCAUAACAACAUUCAUGUGAAAAAUGAAUGGCUCCACAAUGCUGGUACCGGAGUGGUCGCUCACGUCGCUGACAGCCUAAAGCAACAAGAAUCCUCUUCAUUUAUCACCGCCAGCUUAUAGCUAUAAUGUGGUAAUGUAAGGGCAGUGUAGCUGAAACAUGUAGAAUAACCUCAUGAUAUGAAAUUAGUCGAUGACACAUUUGUUGUUCAUUAGUGUAGAUCUCUUUACCUCAUUGUCGCCUCAUAUGAACAUUGAUAUAUCCAAAAGAUGUAUGGAUGUAAAUUUGUAUAUGUAGCCUACAAUGCGAUUAAUAAAGGUAGUACAUGUAGCAUCACUCAUAUGAAUGCUGUUGGUUUCGU